UGUGUCUAUAUAUCCAGUGUAGGGAGAGUUCGUUCCAUCGAUUUAUUAAACAAGUGUUGAAGCCAGCCGGGGGACUGAGUACAGGAGUGAACAAAAAGUCCCUAACUUGGGCAAGUUUAUGUAAAGCAUUCUGAAAGCAAAAUUCAAGGAAUAGCCUUAACAGGUUAGAUCCAUAAAAGCCAAGCCCAGCCCAGGUCCCAGCGCGGGUCAAGCCCAGCUGUACUUCCUCCACGCCGCUAAGUGGCGGGGCGGCCACAGGAGCGCUCCCGAUAGGCUUCGCGCCGGCGCGCAUGUUUAAGUAGGCGGAAGAACCGGUGCGCAAGGUGGCCCGGCCGGCGGAAGUGGCUCGUGCGCCGGUAGUCGCCAUGCCGGGAGACCACCGCCGCAUCCGCGGACCGGAGGAGUCCCAGCCGCCACAGCUGUACGCGGCCGACGAAGACGAGACGCCCGCUGCCCGCGACCCGACGCGGCUACGACCUGUGUACGCGCGCGCCGGGCUGCUGAGCCAGGCCAAAGGCUCGGCCUACCUGGAGGCGGGAGGCACCAAGGUGCUGUGCGCCGUGUCGGGCCCGCGCCAGGCCGAGGGCGGCGAGCGCGGCGGUGGCCCUGCGGGAGCGGGCGGCGAGGCUCCGGCCGCCCUCCGUGGCCGCCUGCUCUGUGACUUCCGCCGCGCACCCUUCUCCGGUCGCCGGCGUCGCGCGCCCCAGGGCGGCGGCGAGGAGCGCGAGUUGGGUCUGGCGCUGCAGGAGGCUCUGGAGCCCGCGGUGCGCCUGGGGCGCUACCCUCGCGCCCAGCUCGAGGUGUCCGCGCUGCUGCUGGAGGACGGCGGCUCUGCCCUGGCCGCGGCGCUCACGGCCGCCGCGCUCGCCCUGGCCGACGCGGGAGUGGAGAUGUACGAUCUGGUGGUGGGCUGUGGCCUGAGCCUCACGCCGGGACCCUCGCCCACUUGGCUGCUGGACCCCACGCGCCUCGAGGAGGAGCACUCUGCCGCCGGCCUCACGGUGGCGCUCAUGCCGGUGCUCAACCAGGUGGCCGGGUUGCUGGGCAGCGGGGAAGGCGGCCAGACUGAGAGUUGGACAGACGCAGUGCGCCUGGGCCUAGAAGGCUGUCAGCGCCUCUAUCCAGUGCUACAGCAGUGCUUGGUGCGGGCUGCCCGCCGGAGGAGCGCCGCCGCCCCGUCCUGAUUGGAAAACCUGAGCAACAAGAAUGCUGACAACUGCUGUCGCCCUUCUCUUCCGGCGCUCUUGGUCGCCUGGCUUGGCUGAGCAGAGAAAUGAGAGCGGAGGUAGCGCGCACAGAACUGAAGCACUGGAUAGCAGCGUUGGAACGGUUUAAAGGGCCGUUGCGGCCGCUAUCCAGUUGGAAAAAAAACAAAAACAUGAAAGCCUUACUCCCAAAUUGGAAACGACUUAAACUGGAUUAGAUUACCUGGUAAAUGAGACUGGGGGUGUGGUCCUCCAAGGAAUGGACCCUGUACAGAUCAGCCAUUGGCUCCAGUCUAUGAUAAACAUCUUUUGAGAGGAUGAACAAGGGGUCUUCUCACUAUCCGAACUAAACAUAAAAACUUUUAUAUCUGAAGAUACAUCUUGUGAUUGUUUUUCGUGGUACUAGAGUUAGCAAUAAUGCUGUUUUGAACUGGGCCUGUGUUGAGUCUGUGUUGUCUAUGGCUUGAAUCAGUACUGCCUAUAAUUUUCCCUUUUGCUAGUUCACUGUAAGUAAGUAAGAAGGAGUAGUGUGCUUUAGUGGAGAAACUGCCUGCUCCAGGAGCAGUAUCUGCAGCGAGGAGAUGCCGGGACAGCCGGGGCUACACAGAAACCCUAUCUUGACAAAAGGACGGGAGAGUUAAAUGGCCUCGGAAGGCUGGGUGCACACCUAUCCUCCCUCUCCUUUGGUUUGCCAAAGCACAGAUGCAUGUCUAGGAGUUGGAUAACUGGGAAGGACUAUGCUCUGGAAGGAAGCCCUGGUCCCCCUUCUUUGGCCAGUAGAAGAGCAGAACCAGAGGCUUCCAUAGCUUUGCAGAAGUAGGGCCCUGCCCGGUGUGAUGGCACAGACCUUUAAACCCAGCACUGGGGAGGCUGAGGCAGGUGGAUCUCUGCGUUCUAGGGCAGACAGAGAAAUCGUUUUUGUUGCAAACAAAAAAACAAGUGGAGUCCUAGCUUGUCUUCAUUACCUGAUGUCUCCUGUCCGGUGUUGGCUCAGGGCAGCAACGACCUACCAAGGGGAAGAGCUCCUAAAUACUGGCACCACUACAGCUUGGCUAUUUCUUAAGGCAGAGCUGGCCUCACUGGCUAGGAGUGUAGGGUUCCUGAUCUUUACUUGAAAGCUGUGUGAGACCUCUAUUAAGUUUAGGUAUCCUAGGGGCCUGCUCAGCUACUUAUAUGGACCACGGAAGAACCCUUGACCAGGAGGAAGAAAUACACUUUUUUUUUCCUUUUUGACAUGA